UAUGCUGUCUUCGCGCAUGCUCAGUUUAUUGCUAAGGAAGAAAGGGGAAAAUGUCUCUGACGAGCUUUUUACCGGCGCCAACCCAGCUGUCGCAAGAUCAGUUGGAGGCAGAGGAGAGGAUCCGGGCCCAGAAGUCCUACUCUACCGCCCUGGUUUCUUCCCGGAGGGAGCCCCCUCCUUAUGGACACAGAAAAGGCUGGAUACCUCGCUCAUUCGAGGACUUCGGAGAUGGAGGAGCUUUUCCAGAGAUUCAUGUGGCUCAGUUUCCUCUGGAGAUGGGUAGAAAGAAGAAGACAUCAAAUGCCCUGGCAGUACAAGUGGAUGCAGAAGGAAAGAUCAAAUAUGAUGCCAUUGCCAGACAAGGACAGGGGAAGGAUAAGGUGAUCUUCAGUAAGUACACAGACCUGCUUCCAAAGGAAGUUCUAAAUGAAGAUGCUCCAGAACUACAGAAGCCGGAUGAGGAGGCCGUACAAGAGCUCACAGAGAAGACCCGUGCAGCCCUGGACAAGCAGGUGUCUCAAAAGAUUGCUGCUGCCAUGCCCGUAAGAGCUGCAGACAAACAAGCUCCUGCACAGUACAUCAGAUACACGCCAUCCCAGCAGGGGGUUGCCUUUAAUUCAGGGGCCAAACAGAGGGUGAUUCGUAUGGUGGAAAUGCAGAAAGACCCCAUGGAACCUCCGCGUUUUAAAAUCAAUAAAAAGAUUCCCCGUGGACCGCCUUCUCCCCCUGCCCCUGUGAUGCAUUCUCCAAGCAGAAAGAUGACAGUCAAGGAGCAGCAAGAGUGGAAGAUUCCACCAUGCAUCUCCAACUGGAAGAACGCUAAGGGCUACACCAUCCCACUCGACAAACGUCUGGCCGCUGAUGGUAGAGGUCUCCAAACGGUUCACAUUAAUGAAAACUUUGCCAAGCUGGCCGAGGCCCUCUAUAUCGCUGAUAGAAAGGCCAGAGAGGCGGUGGAGAUGCGAGCUCAGGUAGAGAAGAAGAUGGCUCAGAAGGAAAAGGAAAAGAAGGAGGAGAAGCUGAGGGAGCUGGCCCAAAUGGCUCGAGAUCGCAGGGCAGGGAUCAAAAGCCACGGUGACAAAGGUGGCGAGGACGGGGAGGCUAGGGAGCGUGACGAGAUCCGCCAUGACAGAAGGAAAGAGAGGCAGCACGACAGGAACAUUUCCAGAGCUGCUCCUGAUAAGAGGUCGAAGCUGCAGAGAGAUCAGGACAGGGACAUCAGUGAGCUUAUCGCUCUGGGCAAGCCCAACCCUCGUUCCUCUAGCGAGGUGCAGUACGACCAGAGACUCUUCAAUCAGAGCAAGGGUAUGGAUAGUGGUUUUGCUGGUGGUGAAGAUGAGACAUACAACGUGUACGACCAGCCGUUCCGCAGUGGCAGAGAUAUGGCCUCCAACAUCUACAGGCCCACCAAGAAUGUAGACAAAGACGCCUACGCAGAUGACUUUGACUCACUCAUGCACAACAACAGGUUUGCCCCAGACAAAGAGUUCUCAGGUGCUGACCACGGGCAGAGGCGUGAAGGACCCGUUCAGUUUGAGGAGGAUCCCUUCGGUCUGGAUAAAUUCUUGGAGCAAGCCAAGCAGCACGGCGGCUCGAAGCGGCCAUCCACCAGCAACCGCUCAAAGGAUGACUACCACGACAAGAAGCGCAGGAAGGAGUGAGAGCAUCUGGGCACACUGUUCAUAUAGGGCGCCUGAUGAGGAUGAGAGGGUAGUUGCUGCAUCCUCUCAGUGGUUGAGGGGUGUUAUGACAAACAAGUGUGUAUCAGGACUGGACUUUAAGAUUUUUGUCUUCUUUCCAUGAUUUUUGUCUUCUUUCAGUGUGAAAGAAGUUUGUCAGGCUGUGUAAAACUCUUGGUUUUCCACAAUGGUUGUUUAUUAGACUUUAUUAACCUAUUUUGAGCAUUUAUUGUCAGGCAAAGAAUGACGAGUGGAGUGAUUGUACGGGCCCUGCAUCUGAAACGUUACUCUUUAUACAGUGCAACCCCUUUCAUUUCACAUGUGGCUGAAACUGGUGAUAAUUGAGCUUGAAAAUAUGUAGAUUUUAGUCACUGUCUGUUUUUCUUUUUAUAAACCUGUAAUACUGAAGGUUGCAGAAUAAACCCAACAGAAGCUUAACAGAAACUCCUCAUUUUCUCCCCACAUUCCCUCCUUUUUGUUUUUGUUAUGUCAGUGUUUUAUUUAAACCCCUCGUGGGUUUUUUGAGUCCAUAUUUUAUGGCAGAUAUUAUGUACAGCAGUUUAAAUGUAUCUGGAAGAUGUAAAGCAAGCCAGCUUUAUAAUUCUUGUACAUUAAUACCAGUGGAUUAAAUUUCAUACUGUGUGUAA